AACUUGAUAGUAUCGGUUGUUUUCCGGCUGGACGUUGAAACGAUCUGCGCGGCUAGCGGCGUUCGGACUGCUUUGGGGACUCGGCGCCCUUGAAUCGUCGGGAAAUGCCGCAUUAGGUAUCUCGUUGCGAGGAAAGAUCCGGUAGAAGACGACCCUAUCACGUACGUCUCCUGAGCUGCGGGCACGCUAAGAUUUUGCCUCACGGGAUUCUGGCGUGGAACAACUUUCGCUGCGAAUCCUGGUGGUCGAGGGGCGGACACUCGACUGCCUUCUCGUCGAAGCAUUAGAAGUUCAGGUUGGGGGUUCCGCAUGUGUUCCGCGUUCGAUUAUCUGGAGGUUGUUUACCUGAAAUGGCUGGACUUGCCGUGGCAUUGCUGGCCGGAGUCGACGACCGCGGAGCGGAAGGCUGGGCGCCAAAGACUUUCGAGAAGUUCCCUCCCCUCCCUCUGGAUGUGGUUGCCGGAGUGUUCCCACCACCACCUCUUGUCGCACUUCCAAGAACUGCACCCCGCCCUCGGCCUCUGGUCGGCACGCCGUCCCGAACCCAUGUCAUAGACCCUGGCGAAGUCCCUCGACCCCUUCCGGUCCCUCUGCCUGCUGUCGAUGCCACACGCCCUGCAAAAGCACUGCUCACCGACCCCUGCCCGGCUCCGACGCUCCCGAAAGCGGAGGUGGACGGCUUGGCCGGCGCUGUAGCCGAAAGUUGGGCGAAGACUGAGUUGUUCAUUGCAUCUUGUGGCGAGGAGACGGGUUGUUUGAAGGACCAGGCGAAGUCUCCGCUCCAAACCGCACUACACUGAGAAGCGAUCUUCAAAGAUGGCGUCUGUCGAAAGUGUGUCGAGUCUACAGUACGAGGGGUUGAAAGCAGGGUUGAAAGCA